CCAUGUGAUCUACAGUAGACUUCCUAGGAGGAGGAUGGAGUGUUUUGCUGGAUAUUGAUUCUUCUGAGUUUGAGGUUGCUAUGAUUUAAUCGCUUUGAGAUCCAUUUCACCUCAAUCAAAUACGUUUUGGCGAAAGGACGACGAAAGACCAUGGCCCAGGCUACACAGAUGAAUGUCCCCGAAAUCAACACUCCGAUAACAGUAGAACACGAUAAAAAGAAGCGACAGUUUACCAUACGACUAAAUGGUAAUGUAACGUUAGCUACGCGAAAUCGCUCUCAUGACCGUGCGGUCCUCUUGUACGAGUAUGUCGGGAAGAAGACUGUGGACCUGCAGCAUACGGAGGUUCCAGACGCCUACAGAGGGAGAGGCAUUGCCAAGCACCUGGCCAAGGCGGCCAUGGAUUUUGUGGUGGAAGAGGAUCUGAAGGCUCACCUGACCUGCUGGUACAUCCAGAAAUAUGUCAAAGAGAAUCCCCAACCUCAAUACCUGGAGCACAUCCACCCCAUGUGACCCCAUGACAGAGAGGAGUGGAGAGGGAGAGAGACUGAGGUAGAAAGCAUGGCCUCAUGCUUUCGGUUUGGAGGACUUUGUGCUCUGUUUUUUGGGCUGGUAAGGGAGAGGGAAACCAUACUAUAGCUAUCCCUAUCUCUACGGACAUAAAGACUCCCUGUUGGAGAGGGGUGGUAGAGGAACUGUCCGAGUGCCAUUGACAUUACUCGUGGCCUGUCCUCCAUGGGCAUGGACAUCAGUGUGUUUGUGUGUAAAAAAAAAAAAAAAAAGGAAUGUUGUAGAGUCUUGCUGUCUUAUUGUAUAUACAGUGGCAAGACUGUAUGCAGGAUUCCUGUUUUUGUACUGUAAGAAGCAAUGUCUCAUCACGCUUUGGCCGUAUUGCUUUCACCUAUCUUGUUUUGGCUGGUACUUUGAAGAGGAGUGAACAACGGCAAGAGGAAAGGAACAGCUUUCUGGAGUGGAAUGCAAUCUUGAUCAUUCAGGAUGUUUGUCCUCUCGUCAAAACCAUCAAGACAAACAGCUGUUCAUCAGGACCUUGAUUACCUGAAUCAGGUGUGUUAGAGCAGGGUUGGCGCAAUAGUGUGCACAUCCAAUAGCUCUCCAGGAGGGUGGACCACACCUGGUUUACUUUAGACCAUCAACUUGUGGGCUAUAUCCCCUACAUGCAGUCAUCCUGUCAUGGGCUAGUGAGGCGCUUCCCUCUAUUCCUGCUAUGCUGCCCCCAUGUUCAUCAGGACAACCACUCUUCAGUAGGCCUACCCUUCACCUUAAAUGUUACUGUACAGAAAGCUGCUGUGCUCUCUGACAUGAGACAUUGCCAUAGAGCCUUCAUUGACAGUGGGGGUAAUCUUCUACUGUCUGUAAAAGCACUAAUUCGGGGCUGUUCUACUACAGUUUAAAUCUUGUGACAGUUUCUCUAUACAGUUUACAAGCAUGGCUUAACAAAACAAAACAAAAUUCCAAUAUCAAGUAACAGGUUGUAUUUUUUAUUUGCUGAGUAUCUUAAACUACAGUAGGGAUUCUCUCUGGCUUUGACCUAGGUGAGAUGUACUAGUUGCUAGGUGACAAUGCAUACUGGUCAGGAAGGCAGUACAACUGAUGACACAGUCUUCAGGGGAUGGCUCUGUAUGCCUACUGUCUGACAGAGAUGGGUAUAAAGUCUGCAGACAGUCUGAUUAUUUUCCAUGUCUCUCUUGUUUUAAAUUAAAUAAUACCUUAUUUGACUAAC